CGUGGGAUCCGGCGGCGGCUCCCGAGCUCGGCGGUGCGGCCUUCCCCGCCCCCUCCUCCCUCCUCCCCCGCCCGCUUCCGCCCGGCUUAUUAUCCUCCUUAUUGACAAACAGAGCGGCCGCGGCGGCGACUCUCGGCGAGCAUUUGUAGCCAAGCCAUGGGAGACAAGAAGAGCCCGACCAGGCCGAAGCGGCAGCCGAAGCCGUCCUCGGAUGAGGGUUAUUGGGACUGUAGCGUCUGCACCUUCCGGAACAGCGCCGAGGCCUUCAAGUGCAUGAUGUGCGAUGUGCGGAAGGGCACCUCCACCCGAUCCACAUUCUUUGAAGUUAUUGUGAAUGCCUCGAGGACCAAGGAACCGUUGAAAUUUCCAAUUUCAGGAAGGAAACCUCGACCUGUCUCCCAGUUGGUUGCCCAGCAGGUUACUCAGCAGUUUGUGCCCCCUACACAGUCAAAGAAAGAGAAAAAAGAUAAAGUAGAAAAAGAAAAAAGUGAAAAGGAAACAACUAGCAAAAAGAACAGUCAUAAGAAAACCAGGCCAAGAUUGAAAAAUGUGGAUCGGAGUAGUGCUCAGCAUUUGGAAGUUACCGUUGGAGAUCUGACAGUCAUUAUUACAGACUUUAAGGAGAAAACAAAGUCACCGCCUGCAUCUAGUGCUGCUUCUGCAGAUCAACACAGUCAGAGUGGCUCUAGCUCUGAUAACACAGAGAGGGGAAUGUCCAGGUCAUCUUCACCCAGAGGAGAAGCCUCAUCAUUGAAUGGAGAAUCUCAUUAAAAUUUAUUUUCUCCAAUUUCUUAGUCACUUCUGUCAUAACAUGCAAAUACACAGAUUAUGCCAAGAAGUACCACAUUUUCAUGACAAACAUUCAUGCACAAUCCAUAAUUUGCAUUUUACACAAAAUAGAAAUUUGUUAGAAUUUGUUAGACUUUACUGCAAUCUAUGCCUACCAAACAUUUUCAGACUUCACAUUUUGGUCUCCGCGGUUCAAGGUGCCAUGAAAAUGUGGUUGAAUUAUUCAUUAUGCAGUGUUAUUGGUAAGUCUAUCUUCACUUUUAGUUUAGUGAAUUCUAACACAUAAUUCUUGAAUUCUCUACUAUUGGCAUGUAACGAAUUUAAAUUUUUAUAACAUAGUGCAAGCUGCCUAAAUAUGUAUUAUUUGAGAAUUGUGAAACAAAUAGUUAUAUGUAUACAAGUCAAAGAUCAACUUAAUCAACUAUUGCUGCAACAGGAUUUUCUUAAUGGUUAUCCUCUUAAAUACACCUGCUGGUACUUGGUGUGGUUAAAUAGGAAAAAUUGUUAUUAAAUAAAGAAUUUGUAUGAACCGUUGCCAAUGUUUUUGACACAUUUUACUAAAUUAUUGUUCCUGAAUUGUUUCUGGUUUUAUCUUUGUUUUUGUUUUUGUUUAUCUUUUAAAACAUACAUUAUUGUAAUGUUUACUAGCAGAGUGGUAAACAAUAAAACAUUGAUUAUUUAGCUUUAUAAUUCAGGUUUAGUGCUCUUGUCAUUGAACACUGGUAUUUUCUGUAUAAUAUAAAACUUUGAAGUUCAAAUAAUUAUAAGCAUUUGGCAAAAACAAAAGAAACCUGACGUAUUUUAAAGGCUGCAAUUUUGGAAAAGCUUUAACUUAAUAAUAGUUUAUCACUGUUGUGUUGCCCCAAACUUGUGCAGGGUCAUAGAAGUAUGAAUCCAAUUAAUACAGAAAUGGGAACUGUUGCACAGAACUGGGAAAUAACUAAUCUUAAAUCAGUUUAAUUGGCUUCUUAUUAAAUAUAAUGAUUCUUAUGAAAAUCAUAGUGCCCUAUUUUCAGACACAACUGCCAGUUUAUGUGUUUAUCAAUAUCCUGAAAUAAAAAAAGUAUUUACAGCCCCAUUUACUUAUUAUGUAAAAUUACCAAUAAAAUAUUUUUAUGACUACAGAUUUUGCAUUUUUGUUCACAACUAAUAAUGUGUUUCAUAUUGUAUUUAAAAAUCCAACCUAGAAACCACACAUAUAGUACUUCUUAAAUUUUUCUGGGGUCUCCUGCUGCUUUUAGUCAUUUGCUUAAUAUAUAUCCACCUCUAGGAGACUUCUGAAAUAUAAAUUAAGAACAUAACUUGGAUGCAAAAUAUCACUUAAAAACACUAUGAUAGCAUUUGAAAAACAGAAAACAAAACAAGACAAAAAUAAAACAAAACUGUACAUCCUGACAGUUGUGAUAUAUUUGGUGGUUUCUCGUGGUAAUGUAAUUUUCUGUUUAAUUGCAGUACUUUUUCCAGGCACAAUGGGACUGUCUUUUUUGUAAGAUGCUAGUUGUGAACUACAGUUAAUUGCAUACAGUAAAAGUCUGUGAUUAAAACAUUUAUAUACCUCAUUCUUUAGUGUUGUUAAAUGAAAAAUUAAAGUUUGUUUUUAUUAUAAGAUACUUUCAGUGGAACCCCAGCUAACUGGUUAUGUUCUUUUAAAACAUGAAAAAUUUUUGCCAUAUUUUAUUGUUUUUCACGUUUCAAAUGUUUUAAAUUUUAGACAUUGUAAAAAUUCAAGUAAUAAUUGUAAUAGGGAAAAUCUAAUUUUUAAGUCAAAACUAUGUUUUGGAGGCACUAGGUCUUCGGAUGAUGAUCAGAUUCUUUCAGGAUGUAUUUUAAAUGGACUGUGGGAGAGAAAAAUCUGACAGAGAUGGGAUUUUACCUGAAUGGAGGAUAGUCAUCUUGUUAUAAAAGAGGGAGAUAGUAUAGAGUGAAAAUUUAGAGUGCUGACUGGUGUGUUUUGAAUCCCUGUUAUAGAACCUAAGUGAACUUGAGUAAAUUACUCAGGGUCACGGUCCCAUCUAUUAAACAGGGAUAAUGGUAAUCAAAUCUAACUGAUCGGGUUGUUGGGAGGAUUAAAUGUCAAUCCACAUAAAAUUCUUAACAAUUACAUGGCGCACACUGGCUGCUCAGUAAAUGAGCCUUUACUACUAUCUUUAUAGGUAAAAUCCCAUUACAAAAAUAUUCUUUGUAACAAAAAUUGUUUCCACACCCUCUCGGAUGACCAAAAGGAAUUGUGUUCUGUAGGAUACACUGAAUUUUCUACAUCGGAUGUUUGCUCUGAUCCCAGACCAGCCAGCUUUCUGUAAUUAAAGAACCUAAUGGUAUGCACUAUGAGACAGGACAUAUGAACUGAGUCGGCUGGUUUGAAAUUUUGUUUUCCUGUCAUUAAUCACAAUUCACUUGCUUUCAUUUCACCCUACCUCAAAUACACUUCCAAACCAGGAAACAGACCCAAAUUGCAUAAAUACACCUAAUGUUAAAAUAUGCAAAAAGUUUCAGAGCCUGGGCUUAGGGUACAUUUGUAGUUCUGUUUCAUCAAUUUACACAGUGGUUUUAGCAGUGGGUUCUUUUAACCAAAUUUCAUACAAAAAGAAUUUGAAUGUUUUUCAGAGUUUAUUACCUUAUUUUGAUACAAUUAAGAGCAAAGAUAUAAUUUGAGGCAUACCAGAAUACAUAUUCUUAAAACCUUUUGUAUUACACAGUAGAAAUAGUUGACUUAAAGGUUUUAUUUUUGUUACAUGCUUUCCUAAAAUUAUAGUGAUAGUAGACAAAGUGAAAACAUUAAGAGAAUCUCAGCUUUUCUAAGUUGAUAGCAUAUUACCUUUCUUUUAGACCAAAAUCCUUAUUGCCUAAAAAGAAUGUAGUUUCUGCAUGUUUAUGCUAAAUGGUCUAGAAGUUCUAGUUUCCACUGAGGCCCUUAUUUUACUUAUUUUUUUGAUCUGCACAUUACCUCUUCUGGAACUGGACCGUCGAUAGGAAUUUCUAUACUUUGAACAUUAAGUAAAAACAGAAAAGGGAGUAUAUAAGGAAAAGGAUAAGCAUAAAAUAAUAUUUUCACUUACUGGCACUGCCACCCCCCCCACCCCCGCCCUUCAACCACAGGCACCUUCAGUUGUGUGGAAGAUGAACAGAAAAAUUGAAGUGCAGAAAAGUCAGUGGUCAGGAUCAAGAGACACUGAAGGUUACCGAAUACAGGAUUUGAUAAUUUUGUGAAAGCAGAAGGAAAAGAAUGCCCUCACUGGCUAUUGAGGGUGAUAGAAAAUAAGCCCCAGUAAUAUCAAAGGCAAGGAAGGCUAGGAAUGGGGGAAAAAAUGAGGGAUGGGGUAGGAAAAAAAAGCAGAAAUUAGAAAAUGGGGUAUUGGAACACAAUCUGGAUGAUUGUAGAGAAGAAUCACUAGGAAGGCAGAGAACAAAUUGUAGUAUGUCUGUCUCUGAGGUUUAAAAAUCGUGCUGUGAUACAUCCUCCUCCUAAUGACUCAGUCAUAAAGUUUUGGCUGUGUUUACUAAGACAGCAAUAUGUGUAAGAACUUCAGAACAAUUUUCUUCAAAACCAGUUCAAGAAGCUGUCAUAGAGAAGUUUUACCUUGAAUUAUAUGAACACUACUUUCCUGAAUGCAGAUCCCCGCUCUCCUAGAUAAUUUAAAUGUUUUUAAUGUGGCCUUUGUAUUUAGCCAGUGUAGAUAUUCCUGUCUUUAUGGAAAGGGCCAGUUCUGGAGUAUAUGAAAUGCCAUAAUAAGACUAGGUACUUCUAUGGAAAAAUCAAGUAGAACUCUGAGAAGUUUCAGUGCUCUGGGACGUGUUUAAUGUUCUGAAUCAUUGUGUGUGUGUCUGUUUUCUGUGUGUUUUCUUCAGUAGGAGUUGUAGACAGUAGUAGCUAUUUUACUAUUGUUACACAUUCAGUAUUUUCCUGAUCUAGAUUGUCUUUAUAUCAGUACUCAAUUCAGUGAACAUUUAUUGAGUGUAUUUUGUGUGCUUGACACUGAGCUAGGGGUUGGAGCUCACAUGUUAAGAGGAGAGAUCUGUAAAUAAGUAAUUACAGUGCCAUCUCACUGCAACAAUAAAACGUGUAAGAUAACAGAAGUAGCAGAGGGAGUGUGUGCCAAACCCCCCACCCCCUUUUUUUCUAGGAAACUCAGCUUGGACUAAGUAUCCACUGCAAGUCCACACUGAAAAUGUUAGGAUCUCAUCUUGAUAGUUGCAGCUGAUAAUGUUCAGUGUCAGUAGUAGUUUUACUAGCUCUCAUUUCAUUACUCCUGCUUGAAUUUUCAAAGUUUAAGACUUUAAGCCAUGUGAGAUUUUUCUCUAUACUAAUUUUUAAAAAUCAGCUGAAUGAGGUCUGCUAUUCCUUUUUGUGAAGAUAAUGAAGAAACAUUACCCAGAAUCCAAAUGAGAAAUUUUAUUCAGACCUAUUUCAGGAAAAGCUUUAAUUCACAUGAGAAAAUUUGCCUUUUUGUUACAGACAAUGCAGAUAAUUUAUUGAUUGCCCUCUGUUUCUGAGAGAAAUCUCAGAUUAAAAUUAGGCUUACUUUUAAUAAUUAUGUAGGACUUAAUUGCCUGCCAUGUCUAUAUUCUUAUUCUUGAUCUAUAUUUUUUCUAGAUUCUGAUCUUAAUGUUUUUCCUUGUGUUCUUAAAAAGUUCCUCAAAUCUCUUCUGUAAAGCUAAACAGUAAUACUAUUUAGUAAUACUAUUUUAGUAUUAUAAAGUAUUAUAGUAUUAUAAAAUAUUAUAAAACUUUGGUAAUACUAACUUUUAAAAAGUUAGAAAAUUUCUUCAUUUCAGUGUGUGAGGCUAAGCCCCAAUGAGAACUUUUUGGGACAAGGUUGUAGUGAAAUGGGUGCCUUCCUAAGUGGCAGGUCUUGAGCUUAUGUCUAGGUUUAGAUCUGCUGGCUUACCUGGAAGUAGGGAGUUUGGAUGAAAGCUACCAUCUCAUCGUCAUAUUUCCAUUAACUCAGCAAGAGAAUUCAGAAACUAAACUGGGUACCAAGACUCAUUAAUUUAGAGUUUUUCAUGUGUAUUAUUUUCACUAUCCUCUUAAUUUAUAGUAAUAACAACAACGAAAUGAGCCUGUGUUUACUUUUAGAGUCAGCAGAAUUGAGGUUGGGAUACUGUGUAAAACCAGUUUGGGAGAAGACUCCUAAGGGACAAAAUGGCAGUGAAAGCAUUUUUAAAAAAGGAAAGUAGGCUGAGUUCUCAAAAGAGCAAAAUGAUCUUGGCCCAAGAGGUAGUUCUUUAAUAAAAGAAGAUAAGAAAGCCUGUUUCCAGUACAGGAUAAGAUAAAGAACAGUUUAACUCAGAGGAGAAAAGAAUUUUUUUUUUUACUUUAUUAAAAAUAUAGAAAAGUAAAAAAUCAAACAUAACAUAGGGUUGCCUAGUGAUGUAAUUUCUUUAUAGAAAGGAAUACGGGUAACAGAAUUCUGAUUUUAUUUUUGAACUGAGAACUGGACUUCUGAAGUGUGAUGGUAUCAGAAUUCUUAAUUAUUUUCAGCCUUCAGCCUUUGGGGACCUGGGUCAGGCAGAAGAUCUGUUACUUACUCUUGUAAUCAUGACCUCGAUUGAUGGCAGGUUUUAGAGAACUUGCGCAUGUGUGUUUUAAUUCUAAUUUUCCUCAUGACUAAAUUUCCCUGCAAGUCUAGCUUUUACUGACAGUAUUUUAUUAAAAAAAAAGAUUAAAAUCUAUUGUAUUAAUGGGAAUGGAGGGUUCCUGAAGACUGAAUGGGGGAUAAGUACAAGGAUGGUCCAUAAGAUAUUCCUUACUCCCCUCCCUACUCCACCCCCUCUAUACUCUCCCUUCCUUGUGGAUGGAAAUACCAGCUAAAUUUGGGGAUCAUAUAGAAGCUAAGGUGUCCCCAUUCAUUGGUCUUACACUGCCACUUUUUCAAAUCAUGUGGCCUACAGCUGAGUUUUUUGAGAAUGAAGAGAAUCAUUUUCUCUUUCAUCCUAUCCCUGACUCUACUUUUUCCUCACAUUUACUGGUCUGAAUGAACACGUAAACUGAAAUACUUUUUGUUCAAACUGACAGUAUUCUUUUUUUUUUUAAGAUUUUAUUUAUUUAUUUGACAGAGACAC